AUGUGGGCGCCAGCGAAGGAUCGCAAGCUGGACAUGUGCGAUUUACGAGGUGCAGAUGCGGUGCUUGCCCAGCAUGCGCAUCAUGUGUGCUCGUCGACCCUCUUCUUGAACGCUUCGCCGAGUUCAUCGUAUCAUCGGAUCAUCCCGGCCCAACACCACAUCCUGUCGACCAGGUACCAUCGCCAUCGCGCCCACUACUCGUUGUCGCCGAAACUGUCGCAAGGAUCGUAUCGCUCGUCGGCGGCGUUUUCGACGAGCAACGGUUCGCUCGGAAACGAGUCACGGAAGGCGACGGGCAAUCGGCUCAUGAUUAGAGGAGGUAUGUAG